AUGAAGUUCAGAGGCGCGUCCCUGUGCUCUGACCACUAUUAUAUCUUGAGAAGGAGCAGAAAGGAACUACCUGACAACGGAGCGGGGACUAACGGCAUUCGGCUGACCAUGGAGAGCGCCCUGACGGCCCGCGACCGGGUGGGCGUGCAGGAUUUUGUCCUGCUUGAGAACUUCACCAGCGAAGCAGCGUUUAUUGAAAAUCUGCGUAAGCGCUUCAAGGAGAAUCUGAUCUAUACGUACAUUGGCUCAGUUCUGGUAUCUGUUAAUCCAUACAAGGAACUGGAAAUCUACAGCAAACAGAACAUGGAGCGAUACCGUGGUGUCAGCUUCUAUGAAGUUUCUCCUCACCUCUACGCUAUUGCGGACAAUUCCUAUCGCUCCCUGCGCACGGAGAGGAAGGAUCAGUGUAUUCUGAUCUCUGGGGAGAGCGGGGCUGGCAAAACGGAGGCCACCAAGAAGAUCCUGCAGUACUACGCCGUGACCUGUCCGGCCAGCCAGCAGGUUGAAACUGUGAAGGACCGCCUGCUACAAUCCAACCCCGUCCUGGAGGCCUUUGGAAAUGCAAAAACCCUUCGGAAUGACAACUCCAGCCGAUUUGGGAAGUACAUGGAUGUGCAGUUUGAUUACAGGGGGGCUCCUGUUGGGGGCCACAUCCUGAACUACCUCCUGGAGAAAUCCCGAGUUGUGCACCAGAAUCACGGGGAGAGGAACUUCCACAUUUUCUACCAGCUGCUAGAAGGAGGGGAAGAGGACUUACUGCGAAGGCUGGGCCUCGAAAAGAGCCCGCAACAGUAUCACUAUUUAGUAAAGGGUCACUGUGCAAGGGUGAGUUCCAUAAAUGAUAAAAACGAUUGGAAGAUUGUGCGAAGAGCCCUGUCCAUUAUAAGCUUCAACGACAGCGAGGUGGAGGAUUUGCUGAGCAUUGUGGCUAGUGUUCUGCAUCUGGGGAACGUGCAGUUUGCUGCUGAUGAGCAAGGCAAUGCUCAGGUCACUACAGAGAACCAGAUUAAAUACCUGGCUAGGCUUCUGGCAGUUGAGGGCUCUGUUCUUCGAGAUGCAUUGAUCCACAAGAAGAUCAUAGCAAAAGGGGAAGAGCUCAUCAGUCCUCUGAACCUGGAGCAGGCAGCCUACGCGAGGGACGCGCUUGCUAAGGCAAUAUACGGACGCACUUUCUCCUGGCUGGUGAACAAGGUUAACAAGUCUCUUGCUUACAAGGAAGGAGAGUUUCCGGGCUGGAGAAGUACAACGGUUCUAGGAUUGCUUGAUAUCUAUGGAUUUGAGGUUUUUCAGCACAACAGCUUUGAGCAAUUUUGUAUUAAUUAUUGUAACGAAAAAUUGCAGCAGCUCUUCAUAGAGCUCACGUUAAAGUCGGAACAAGAGGAAUACGAGUCGGAAGGCAUAGCGUGGGAACCAGUUCAGUACUUCAAUAACAAAAUAAUUUGUGAUUUGGUGGAAGAGAAAUUCAAAGGCAUCAUUUCCAUUCUGGAUGAAGAGUGUCUGAGACCCGGGGAUGCCACAGAUACAACGUUCUUGGAGAAACUGGAGGAAACUGUGAAGAACCACCCUCAUUUUCUCACGCACAAGCUCGCCGACCAAAAGACUCGCAAGUCACUGGGGCGGGAGGAGUUUCGGCUUUUGCACUAUGCUGGAGAGGUCACCUACAGCGUUGCGGGUUUUCUAGAUAAAAACAAUGACCUUCUCUUUCGGAACCUGAAGGAGACCAUGUGCAACUCUGAGAAUCCUAUCAUAAAUCAGUGUUUUGACAGGACGGAGCUGACAGACAAAAAGAGACCUGAAACGGCAGCAACUCAGUUUAAAAACAGCCUCUCCAAACUCAUGGAAAUUCUGAUGUCCAAAGAACCCUCCUACAUUCGUUGCAUUAAACCUAACGAUGCUAAACAGGCUGAUCGAUUUGAUGAAGUUCUAAUCCGACAUCAAGUGAAAUACCUAGGAUUGAUGGAGAACCUCAGAGUGCGCAGAGCCGGGUUUGCGUAUCGAAGAAAAUACGAAGUUUUCCUGCAGAGGUACAAGUCGCUUUGUCCAGAAACGUGGCCUACAUGGGACGGCCGGCCCCACGACGGGGUGGCUGUGCUGGUGAAGCAUCUUGGCUACAAGCAGGAAGAAUACAAAAUGGGACGAACAAAGAUUUUUAUCCGCUUUCCCAAGACCUUGUUUGCAACGGAAGAUGCUCUGGAAGUGAGGAAGCAGAGUCUGGCAACAAAAAUGCAGGCCACAUGGAGAGGUUUCUACCGUCGAAAGAAAUUCCUGCACAUGAAACACUCAGCAAUCGUGAUCCAGUCCUGGUGGCGGGGAACGCUGGGACGCCGAAAAGCUGCCAAGAAGAAGUGGGCGGUAGAGACUAUCAGAAGGUUCAUUAAAGGUUUUAUUUACCGGAACCACCCUCGCUGCCCAGAGAAUGAAUAUUUCCUUGAUUACAUCCGCUUCUCCUUCCUGAUGAACCUCAAGCGUAAUUUACCAAAAAAUGUGUUGGACAAAUCCUGGCCGACUCCUCCGCCGUCGCUCUGUGAGGCAUCCCAGCUCCUGCGACAGCUCUGUAUGCAGAACAUGGUCUGGACCUACUGCAAGAGAAUCAGCCCAGAGUGGAAGCAGCAGUUGGAACAAAAAGUAAUCGCCAGUGAGAUUUUUAAGGGUAAAAAAGACAACUACCCUCAGAGCGUGCCUAGGCUCUUCAUCAACACGCGACUCGGUAAUGAAGAGAUAAAUGCGAAAGUCCUUCAGGCUUUAGAAAGUGAGGCAAUUAAGUAUGCAGUUCCUGUGAUAAAGUACGACCGGAAGGGAUACAAAGCAAGAGCGCGGCAGCUGCUUCUUACCCAGAGCGCAGUCGUCAUCGUGGAGGAAUCCAAAAUCAAGCAGCGAAUCGACUAUGCCAAUCUGACAGGCAUCUCCGUCAGCAGCCUGAGCGAUAACUUGUUUGUGCUGCACGUGCGCUGCGAGGACAACAAACAGAAGGGCGAUGUUGUGCUUCAAAGCGACCACGUGAUCGAGACCCUAACGAAAACGGCCAUGCAGGCAGACAGAGUCAACAACGUCAACAUCAACCAGGGCAGCAUAAAAUUCACCGUUGGGCAAGGCAAAGAAGGCAUCAUCGACUUCGUAUCGGGAUCGGAGCUGCUCAUAGCCAAGGCCAAGAACGGCCAUCUAACCGUGGUCGCUCCUCGCCUGAACUCUCGAUGA